GGAGUGGGGGGGGGGGCUCGAACCGGGAUCCUUACGCCGGUCCUCGCGCUUUGCGCCACGUGCGCUUAACCCGCGGCGCUACCGCCCGACCCCCUGAUUCACUUCUACGGAGUCCUGGCUCAAAACACCCGCCCAAGUCUCACUAACAGGAAACAGAGUCGAGAAUCAAAGCCAGGGCCGCCUGGCUCAGAGACAUUGCUCGGCUAAAAAAGUAUUUUGAUCGCGUUUUCCUCGAUCGCAUGAGGAUAUCCGAGCGAGUGAGGACGCCAGACACCCCGCCGGCUUCCAGAGCGCGUUACUCGCCCGGGUCUCACCCGAUCUCCAGCUACGCAAUAAAGGUCCUUCCCUCAGAGCAUCCCAACAAGCAGCCUUCUGAUUGGCUACUUUUGCCGUCCUCCGCGUUGCCUUAGCAACUAGGCUGCGGGGACGCUGCGGCCGGUUCCCCCCCCCCCCAGGCUAUCGAGUGUCGGGGGAUUCAUCUUCCUCAUUACUUCCGGCACCAUGUCGCUGCGCACGCUACCGCUGCUCUUCUUGAACUUGGGCGGGGAAAUGCUGUACAUCCUGGAUCAACGGCUGCGGGCCCAGAACAUCCCUGGAGACAAGGCCCGCAAAGUUCUGAAUGACAUUGUUUCAACCAUGUUUAAUCGAAAGUUUAUGGAAGAACUGUUCAAACCCCAAGAGCUGUACUCUAAGAAGGCCCUGAGGACUGUCUAUGACCGCUUGGCUCAUGCCUCCAUCAUGAGACUGAACCAGGCCAGCAUGGAUAAGCUCUAUGACCUGAUGACCAUGGCUUUCAAAUAUCAAGUACUGCUGUGUCCCCGCCCCAAGGAUGUGCUGCUGAUCACUUUCAACCACUUAGAUGCCAUCAAGGGCUUCAUCCAAGACUCCCCAGCCAUCCUGCACCAAGUGGAUGAGGCUUUCCGGCAGCUGGUUGAAACAUAUGGGAAUCUGUCUGAUGGCGAAUUCCAACUGAUCAGGCAAAGACUCCUCAUCUUCUUCCAAGACCUGCACAUCCGGGUAUCCAUAUUCCUAAAGGACAAGGUUCAGAAUUCCAACGGUCGCUUUGUGUUGCCGGUAUCUGGGCCUGUUCCCUGGGGGACUGAAGUUCCUGGACUCAUCAGAGUGUUCAACAGCAAAGGUGAAGAAGUGAAGCAAGUAGAAUUCAAGCAUGGUGGCAGCUAUGUCACUGCACCAAAAGAAGGCUCUUUUGAAUUUGAUGGAGACCGAGUCCUGAAACUGGGAACAAAUAUGUACAGUGUGAAUCACCCUGUGGAAACCCACAUUUCUGGCACAUCAAAGAACUUAGUGUCACGAACGCAGGAAAGCAUUUCUCCAAAUCCGCUUGCUAAAGAAGAGCUGAAUUUCUUGGCCAGGCUGAUAGGAGGAAUGGAGAUUAAGAAAUCCAGUGGCCCUGAGCCAGGAUUCCAGUUGAAUCUCUUUACCACUGAUGAAGAGGAGGAACAAGCAGCUCUCAGCAGGCCAGAAGAGUUGUCCUAUGAAGUGAUCAACAUACAAGCUACCCAGGACCAGCAAAGGAGCAAAGAGCUGGCUCAGAUCAUGGGGGAGUUUGAGAUCACAGACCAGCCCAGGAGGAGCACCAGCAAGGGGGAUGCUUUGUUGGCCAUGAUGGAUGAGUUAUAACUGUGCCUGCAAGAGACACCUCUGCCCCUAGGGAGCUCCCCAAAGUCCCAACUUGAUGCUGCUAGUUUUGUACUGAAUAAAAACCAUUACCUCA